UUCUUUUUAUAUUUAAUCGUAAUUAGCUAUAUUACCAUGGAGAAAGAAAACACGGAAAACGACGACGAAAAGAGUGAGAAGCUGGAGGUAAAAGCUGAAGAUCAAACAACUAAAGACAAAGAUGAUAAAGAACUUGGUCAUCCGACAUGUGACAUAAAAGUAACAACUGAAGAUGGAGUUCAACAAACUGAAACGGUGACAGAUCCCAGAAAAGAAACAACCAAGAUAAAACUAAAAACUGAAGAUGGAGUUCAGCAGACUGAAACUGUUACAGUAAAUGAACAAAUUGAAAAAAAAGUCGAAGCAGAAGGUUUCCUCGAAGGCGCCGAAGCUGUUGCUGAAAACCCGAACAAUCAACAAAUAAUGCAAGUAUUACAAAACAUAGAAGAACGAUUGGAUGUAUUAACGGAAACGGUCGCUAACCUUCAGCGUAAUGCUGUUCCUCCAAGACAACUAGCUGUAGGACCACCUUCUUCUGGACCAUUAGCAAUUGAUAGCCCUCCGUUGCAACCACCUGGUAAUGAGUUAUUACAAAUUUUCCCCGCAGGAUGUAGCGAUCUAGAUAUCGUCGGAGGUUCGGGCAGAAACGAAAUGGCCAUGAUGUUACCACGAGCAGAGCCAUUGGCAAUUGGACCACCACCAAUAGGGAACAGUCCUUCCAGUUCAUCAGCAUCCAGUAGUGUGGGUAUACAACCAUCACAGGCACGAGAUCCUAUUCCUGCGAAUCGUCUUGCAAACGCACCAGCGUCCGGUGGUGUUGGUAUACAGGCCCCGCACGCAAUAGCUUCUAUUUCCGGGAAUCGCCCUGCAUUGUCAAGGGGUUCUAAUGUUGAUCCGUCUGGUGACGAACAGCCUCCAGAAGUCCAAGGACCUUCUGAGAGCUCUCCAUCUGUUAGUUCUGUACGAUCUGCCGCACACCGUAGAUUCAAUCGCGAUCGAUGUAACCCUUUUUAAAUACUUGGACACGAAGUGACGUACGGGAUUAGAAAUCAUUGUUGUUUUUCAGUAAUAAAUAGCUUUUCCUUUCAACUAAUGUGUUAUAGAUUUACUUUGAGUAGUAUUGUAGUGUAUUUCCAGAAUAAUUAAAUUGGAAUUAGUCUUAGUUACAUUUUCCCGUGACUUCUUCU